GAUGUUCCAAUUUUAGUUUUAGCACGUGUCAAGUAAAUCCCCCGACUUAUGUCGAGUGUCGAUCAAAUUUGAACGCCUUCUCGGUGAUCAACCCUAACGCCAAAGUUUCUCGAACUGCAAAAGAAAAAAAACCUCAGCUCCCUCAUUUGAAAUACCUAUAAGUUUCGUCCUAUUGUUGUAUUGUACUACAAUUGCCUAUUGCCUAUUGCCAAUUGCCAUGGAAGAGUACUCAGCAGCAGACACAAACCAGUUACUUCAAGCAGCUGCAGAUUUUGCUUUCCAUCCUGGUGGACAUAACGAGGCCUCAGUCAAGGAGUUUCUUGCUCGUUUCCCUCUUCCUGUAAUCAUCAAGGAAAUGGAGGUGUUGGAAUUUGGAAGUGUAAGGGAGGGGAACUCCUUUUUUGAAGAAAGACAUUUACAAAGAUAUGGAGAAGAACUCUUUUCAACCCAAAUGUUCCAUUUUGAUCCCCUUUUGGAACUAAACAAGGGAAAUGCCUUACAGAGAAAAGAAGAGGUGCCUGGGUUGGAAAAUGCCUUGGUUACUUGUCUAGAGAGAAUAUUUUCAACAAGAUAUGGUACCUCUCUCAUCCCACAAUAUAUGUCUUUCUUGCAAGUUGGUCUACAAGCAGAUUCAGAUGCUGUCAAAUGUUUGGCAUGUAAAAUAGUAUCUUUUCUCUUUGAGAAUUUGGAUGACAAGUCUGUCCUCCCAUCGCAGCUAAUAAUUACAUACAAUAUAUAUCCAAUGCUUCUUCACUGCCUUGUUUAUGGUGAUGAACGUGUUGCCACUGCUUCAAUGGAUGCAAUAAAGAAAUUUGCUAGCUCACCAAAAGGAAUCGCCACUAUAUUUCCAGCUGAGAGCAAUGAAGCUACAGACUUGAGACAUUUGGCAGCAAAUUGUUCUUCAUUGGGACGUGUACGGGUUUUAUCAUUGAUUGUGAAGCUUUUCUCUGUCUCCCGUGCUGUUGCAGCAGUGAUCUCAAGCUCUAAUUUACUUAAUUUGAUUGAAGUGGAAGUGAAAAAGACAGAUGAUACACUUGCCACACUUAGUAUUCUUGAACUCCUGUUUGAGAUGGCUGAAAGUGAACAUUCAACAGAAUUCAUGCCAAAAACAAGUCUUCUUCAAAUCCUUGGGUCCAUUAUUAGUAACCCUUCUUUGGAGACAAUUCUAAGAUCAAGAGCAAUGAUGAUAAGUGGAAGAAUGCUUUCUAGAGACACCAUUUUUAUGUUAAUUGAUGAAACAAGUAUACUUGCAAUUGUGUCAGCAAUUGGGCAUAGGCUCGGGUCACCUGAAAUCAUAGACGACAAUGAAAUCGAAACAGCUAUUGAGGCAGUUGGUCAAAUUGGUUCAUCGGCUUCUGGUGCUGAGUUGUUACUCUCUAAAUCACUGGAUGUUGUUAGAUUUCUAGGCGAUGCUGCUUUUGAUAGGCAAAGACGUAGUAAACAGUUGGCUGCUCUGCAUGCUCUUGGGAAUGUUGUUGGAGCUAACAGACCAGAAAACAGCAUUUUGAAACCGGGGGCUGAAGAAAUCCUUCGACGAUUGAUCUAUGAGAUAGCGUCCAAAACUUCAAAACUGACACCCUCAGGGCUGUUCUUGUCACUUCUCCAGCAAGAUUCUGAAACUCGUGUGGCAGCCUACAGAUUGAUAUCCAGUUUGGUCGUUCGACCUUGGUGCUUGAUGGAAGUCUGCUCAAGACAAGAGAUAAUAAGUAUAGUUACUGAUGCUUAUAUGGAAACCACCAAAAUAGGCAUGGAGGCUAGACAUAAUUGUUGUUUCUCAAUUCACAAGGCUCUUGCUAGUACAAAUCUUAAGAGUGAUUCGGCACUUGCUGGAAUAUCGGGGAAGUUGCAGGAAGCUGUUAAACGAGGUCCUUUCCUUGCAGAAAGAAAGAGUCGUGAAGCACAGCCAACUGUUACGACAGAUCAAAGAUUUUAAAUUCGGGUUUCAAGUGACUCAUUUCGGAAGGAAACAAUGAUAUCUAGUCUAAUAGAGAAUCUUUUCUUUUAACUAAGUGUACUUUUGUUUGCUAUUUUGUUGUGAAGUUAUUUAGAAUUUUAAAUGUAGCAAAGGUUAAAUGAAGUUAUUUAGAAUUAUGCUUAUAUUUAUGUGUUCCGAACAGUAGACGAGCAAUUCUCAUGUUAUCAUGUAUACGAACUUUUUUAUGGCUACUUGGGUUAUAAAUCGAGUUACAUUUGGAGAAGUAUGUUUGAGACUCGGAUAAAUUAUGACGAAUGCGUCAAUAUGGCAGUCUAUUGACAGAUGACAACAUGAUGCUUAUGGAAGUCUAUUGGGUUCCUGAUGUUUUAAAUUCUUUCAUUUCAGACUGGAAAUUCUAGAAGUUCAUUUUUUUCCUUUGGCAUGUAAUAUUUUAUUUUCGAGUGAGGAUAUCCCUAUAUGUGGCGAAGGGUAGAAAUGGUUUUUUAAGUGGUCAAAAUCAAAUCUUUUUUACAAAGAAAAUAAGCCUUUUACUAAUAGGGCAUACUUGCAUUGAAAGUAAAUAUUCAAGAGGAGAAGAAAAAGUUUAAGCAGGAAAAUAAAAAUUAAUUAGAUAUAAAAUUAAUGAAAUUUAAUUGUUGGAGAAGUAGAAGAAUUGGUUGUAAGUAAUGCGAAAGAGAUAUAUUUAGUUCUCUCACUAAAAUAAAAAUUUUACCUAAGGGGUGGGGAAUAUAUUUUC